AUGGCCGCAUCUAACCUCCUCUCCUACGUUCGCGCCACAGUCACCGUCGAUGUCGACUCUAUGGACCCCGCUGUCGCCGCCCGGCACACAUCAGACACGGCCAAGUUCACCGACAUGACCUCCAAUCAGGCAAUCGUUUGCGGCGAGGCGUCCAAUCCUGACCGCGCCAGCCUACUCGCCGAGGCAUGCGCACUCGCCGCAAAGAAGGACACGGGCGACAUCGAUCUCCAGGUCGACAACGCGCUCGACAUCCUGACGGUCCUGCUCGCAAAGCAGGUGUUCCCGUAUUUGACGGGCCGUGUGCACGCACAAACUGCGCCAGCCGUGGCGUACGAUGCCGAGGGCACGGUCGCACAUGCCAAGAAGCUCCUCGCUCUCUUCGAAGCCCACGGGAUAGACAAGUCCCGCGUGUGCUUCAAGAUCCCCGCCACGCCCGAGUCCAUCAUCGCCUGUGAGCAGCUGGAGAAGGAAGGGAUCCGCACGCUGGCGACCUGCCUCUUCUCCCUCCCGCAGGCCGUCGCCGCCUCCCAGGCAGGGUGUCUCUACGUAGCGCCGUACUUCAAUGAGCUCCGCGUCCACUUCGAGCCCGGUGUCUGGAAGGAGUACGCCAAUACGGCGCAAGAACACCCGAUGUCACCGGUCAUCUCCUCGAUCGUGAAGACCUACAAGGCGAUCGGCUCCAAGACGCUCGUCAUGCCCGCCAGCAUCGUGACAUCCACGGAGGCAGUUGCGCUUGCUUCGCUGCGCCCUGACCACCUCACUUUGGCAGGCGGUGUCCUCGACCAGCUCGCAGCGGCGCAGAGUCCCGCCGAGGGCGCCGACAACCCGAAGCCGAUGUACCCCCAGGUCGACCUGCAGACGCCCCCUGCUGUGGUCAACGGCGCCAGCGAGAACGGUCCCACGGUGGAGAAGACCGACUUCCUCGCGAACAGGGCUGACGCGCUGAGGCAGGCCCUGGCGGCGGACGCGGAGGCCACUCGCAAGCUGGCGGAUGCGCUCAAGAUCUUCGGCGAGAUGGAGCUGAAGACGAAGGACCUCAUCCGCAAACAGCUGAGCGGCUUGUGA